AAAAGUUUUUUUUUUCAGGCUUCAUGGACGAAACGAGAGCCAGACCAGCUGAAGAGUUGUUUUGACCAUUAUCCUCUCAAUGCCAACAAAAGCCGUCAUGAUGCUUCCAUACUCAACGACGUCGUGGUACUUGAUGGGCUUCAUAGAAGAGUAGUCACCAUCAAUGGCAAGACACCCGGAGACACCAUAGUUGUACCAUAUAUGGCUGAAGUUUUGCUCAGAGUACACAAUAAGGUUCUCAUGGACUCAAUCACCAUCCACGUCCAUGGAAUUGACAAACAAGGGUUAUGGUAUAUGGAUGGGGUUGCGUUCAUCCAGCAGUGCCCUAUUCAAAGCACAAACUACUUUGAGUAUCGUUUCAUCGCUGACAACAAGGGAACGCAUUGGUAUCAUGGACAUUUUCAAACAGAUAGGGGUGAUGGUCUGUUUGGAGGUGAAUAA